UGAAACUUGAAACUAGAGUUUUGAGUGUGACUCGGCCAGACGGAGAGACAGAGAGAGAGUCAGACUCUGUCAGAGAGAGUGGAAGGCCGAUGGGGGGUGCGUUCUGGGGGACGAGGGUGAUGGAGAUAGUGAAGAAGCACAACUCUGGAGGUCUGGUUUGGAAGCGAAUUAAGCUCACCCCUACUCGCAAAGCCAACGCCAAGAAGCGCCUCCUCCGCGUUUGGCAGAAUGAGGCUGUCCUGAGGGCAUGUUCUGAACCACCUCCUUCAAAAACUUCAGGGGCUGGUACUGAAAUAGCUAGUGAGAAAGACAUCAGGAGCAGCUAAGUCAGUUGACAAAAUGAAUAAGAACACUAGGAAAGCCUGAAAGGAGUAGUUUUGUGAUUCUUGGCUUCAUAGUGCAGUUUUUCUUUUCAUUUGAAGUGUAGCAUGAAACUUUAGCUGGAUAUUAAUGAUGACCGCCGUUUUGAUCACUCUAUAAUAUUAGUUAUUGAGUGACUGCCAUUUUGAUCACUCCAUAAUAUUAAACUUUAUACAGUCAUGUCUCUAUAAUAUAAUUUCAUGGUUAUUAC